CGGUGGGCCAUUGAGUGAGAAUCAUCAGCCGCAGGUUUGGGCACUAUGGCGACGGUUUUGGAUGGACUCGUUUCGAUCUCCUUGAGAAAGUUGGGUCAGCUUGUCGAGGAUGAGGUUGUGAUGACAUUAUCUGUGGGAAGGGAUAUCAAGAGGCUCAAGCAAAAUCUGGAAGGCUUCAGGGCAGUUCGUCGGGAUGCCGAAGCUGUAGCCAUGAGAGAUGAAGUGAUCAAUUUAUGGUGGAAGCGCAUCAGUGAUGUUAUGUUCAAUGUUGAUGAUGUCAUAGAUCUUUUUAUGGUUCAUUCAAAUAUGCGGCACAUAUCGUCGCCAUGUUGCUCCAUGUUCUCUUGUUUCACAAAGCUUCUAGAUGAUCACAGGGUUGGUAUAAGAAUCAAGAGCAUAAGCUUAGAGCUUGAUGAUAUUAGCAGGAAAGUAAACAUGUACACCCCGGGGAGACCCAGAUCUCCACAGCAACAGCUAACAACUGUGGAUACAGCUCCUAUAGUUGAACCAGGGAUUGUUGGAACAGCUAUCACUCGUGAUGUUGAUUCCAUGGUACAAGAUAUUGUUGUCGGCGUGUUCAAGAAAAAUGAGCCAAGUGUUUUUGGGAUUGAAGGGAUGGGAGGCAUUGGCAAGACAACCUUAGCUCAGAAGAUAUUUUGUGACCAGAGGAUAAAGGAAGUAUUCCAGAUUCAUAUAUGGUUGUGUAUCUCUGAGACCUUUGUCGCAACUGGGUUGCUAAAGCAGGCAAUACGAAUGGCCAGAGGAAACUGUGAUCAACUGGAGCCCGGUGAACUUUUAGUACGUCUAAAAGAAACCAUCGAAGGAAAGAGUGUUUUUCUUGUAUUGGAUGAUGUGCCGAAUCCUUAUGUCUGGAACAAUCUUCUUCGGGCACCUUUAUAUGGAGCAUUGAAUGCAUGUGUCCUUGUCACCACAAGAAACCAGGAUGUUUUGCAAGCAAUGAAUGCAACACAUACCCACCAAGUAAACAGAAUGAGUGAGGAUGAUGGCUUGAGGCUGCUUAUGAAGAAUGCCUUCCAACCGUAUAAUGGUACAUUCCAGGAGUUGGGGCGUGCGAUUGUAGGAAGAUGUGAUGGCCUUCCUCUCGCCAUCAAGGUUGUUGCAGGUGUCCUGUCCACCAGAAGAACCGUGGGGCAGUGGGAGAUGGUCCGAGAUAGCGAAUGGUAUGUUGAAGGACUCCCCCCCGGAGUAGGAGGCCCAUUGUAUGUAAGUUACAGAAACCUACCUGAUGAACUGAAGCAGUGCUUUCUCUGGUGUGCUUUGUUGCCUCCAAAUUUCGGAAAACAUCGUGAUGCUGUCUCUUACUGGUGGGUUGCCGAAGGUUUUGUGAGGAAAGAGCGUGGACGCUCAAUACAUAAGACUGCUGAAGGGUACUACUAUGAACUGAUUAAGAGGAAUCUUCUGCAACCAAAACCUGAGUUCGUGGACCAAGGCGUCUCAACGAUGCAUGAUGUAUUGAGGUCACUUGGACAACAUCUGAUAAAGGACCACUCCUUAUACAUGAAAGUGGAAAAUGAUCUCUCCACAUUCAUGAAUGAUGAAAACAGUGUAGCCCGACCGAAUCUGCGCCGCUUAGGGAUCAGUACUGAUGUGGAAGAAUUACCUGCUCUAGAAGAGCACAAGGUCUUGAGGACCCUCCUAGUUUUUUAUAACCAGAACUUCAGGUCAGUUCGUGAUGACAUUUUCAGAAGGCUCCAGCAUAUCCGUGUACUAAUUUUCAGUGGAACAAGCAUCCAGAACAUACCAGAAUCAGUGGGAAACUUGGUACUACUGAAGUUACUAGAUCUGAGCCACACUGAAAUUAAGGAACUUCCAGAGUCCACGGGGAGGCUUAUCAGCCUCGAAUACCUCUGUUUGCGUGGUUGCCACCAGCUCCAUAGCCUGCCAGCUAGUUUAAUGAGAUUGUGGAAUAUAAGUUUUCUUGAGCUAGAAGAUACUGCACUUGAUCAUGUUCCAAAAGGGAUAGAAAAGUUUAAAAAGCUCUACAACCUUAGAGGAGUUUUUGAGAGUGAGACUGGAUUCAGAUUGGAUGAACUGCAAUGCCUCCCCAAUAUACAUCGUCUGUGGGUUACAAAGCUGGAGCAGGCGACACCAGGGGGUCAAAAGGUACUGGAGAACAGCCAUCGUCUUAUAGAACUUGGACUCCGCUGCACAAUGGGCGUGAGUACUAAUGACAGAACUCUUUACACGGAUGAUAAGAUUCAGAUAAUUCAGAAAGUCUACGAGAAACUCAAACCAUCGCGAAGCCUAGAAUAUAUUUUUAUUGUUGGGUUCCCUGGUAUAAAGUUCCCAGAAUGGUUAUUCUCAGAACCUGAACAUAAUAUUCCAAAUUUGCGUCAUAUGCACCUGAAUGAGUGCAUAUCAUGUUCAGAGCUUCCACCAGCAGGCCAGAUGCCACAACUGCUAGUUCUUCAGAUUAAAGGUGCAGAUGCUGUAGAGAGCAUUGGCACAGAACUCCUGGGUAAAGGAGUCGGAAGUCCAGCAGUCUUUUUCCCAGAGCUUGAACUCCUUCACAUCAUUGGCAUGUGCAAUUUGCAAAAUUGGUCCCUCGACACUGGGAAUCCCUGUGAUAUUUUGGAGGACAACUUUAAAAAGUACAUGAUGCCUAAACUCCAGCGUUUGCUGCUUCUUGAUUGCCCAAGACUGAGAGCUCUCUCUCCGGAUUUUUUGAUUAAUCUGACGAGAAUCCACAUUGAAGGUGCUCAUGAGCUGCAAGAAGUUGUCAACCUUCCUGCAGUUGUGUGGCUCAAGGUGAAGAAUAACACAUGUUUGAGGAAGAUUGCCAACCUGGGUAAUCUGCAGGACUUGUUUGCACAGGACUGCCCAGCGCUGGAUCAAGCAAACAACCUGUGGUCGCUGAGACGAGUGUACAUGAUUAACUGUGUGCGUGCCCAAGAGUUCAGCGAUUGUCUCCCGGGAGAAGAUCAAGGCGUCCUGGUCCAUGUUGCUGCAGAUGGACGUAAUAUCUUCCCAGAUGAAACUCUCUACAAUUAA